AUGGAACGAUACCACUUUGUGGUAAAGGACGCCAAGUCAGCCUCGCUGUCCAGGGGCGAUGAUGAAGAGACCUACAGAAUUCGAAGCCACGCCCAAACGAGACGGCGACAAGGUGAAAAAUCCCUUCCACAAUCGGUGGCAUCAAUCCCGAAGGAAAGGUCUCGGGGUAGACGGCCGAACUCUGACAACCAGGAGACCACCACCUCGCGAGAACACUCAGAAUGUCGUGAGGUCAACUCCACCACCAUUGAUUCCCCGUUUUUUUCUGACGGUACCACCGUUGUCCAGUCCCAUUGGACCCAUUACUUCCGGCGUGCGGCCAGAGGCGAAGAGUUGGAUCACCCGAGUGUCGUAUCCAUUUCCGUCCAGCCUUCUGGCAACUCGAUCGAUCCUUUCAACAGCACCAACAUGAUUCAUCACCCCUCGGCUUACCAACUUAUGAGAUUCUUGCAGUCUGAUUUCAACUCUUCCAACUUUCACGCCGAGGCUUUAGGCCGUCCUUUGGAAGCAAUCUCGCGGACCGGGCCCUGCUUUCGUCACGAGGCUGCAUAUUCGGAGCGAAUGCGUGAUGCCCUGCAGGACGAUAUGUUGAUGCUGUCGAUGCUGGCGUACGCCUCAGGGGCCAUCAGUUGGCGUUACGGUGUUCGUUUUGAAGAUUUGCCACCAGAGUAUUUCAUCCAACAGACUUAUCGAAACAUCCGAGAACGCCUGCGGCGGUCGGAGGCGGUAGAAGAGGCUCUCCUCUGGUCAAUAUAUGGGCUAGCCGCCGCAGAAAUGUGGCUGUUCAACUUUGACGCUGCCGCCACACACAUGAGAGCUGUUCAAGUCCUCAUAUCACAGAUCGGCGGAAUGACAAAGGUAUCGCCCCUGAUCAUGGAAAGCAUAAUUCUGGGAGGGAAGUGA